AUGGCAUCGUCCCACUUCCUUAGUGACGACGACAUUGAGAAGCUCUUCUCGGGAGCUCCCCAGUAUUUUGCCCGCAGCGAGAGCCACUUCCCCGGCGCGCCUCAUCCCAGCGUAGCCUUUCCCUUUGACGAGGAAUUGGAGAUCCGCGACUUGACGGACCAUGUCCAGAUCGAGUCCAAGGCCUGGAGUGGCGUCACCGUCUGGCCGCACCUGACCAGAGACGUCAACCAUGAUCCAGAGGCCAAGAAAGAAGUCGAGGAAACCCACAGAGCCCAUUUCCAUGUGCGAUGCGCCGAGCGACCCAACAUGCUGAGCAUGCAGGGCCUGGAGAAGGGCACCAUGGGCUACCAGGCGGCCCUCGAGCUGGCCGUCAGCGAUUCGCUCGAGGAGGAGCAGUUUGGCUUUGAGAGCCUCGGCACCAAGGCCCGUGCCGUCGUCGAGGCUCGCGAGCGCAUGCUGUCUCGUGAUGGCUGGCUGCACCGUCUCCCCCAGACCGAGCUGCUGGACCGGCUCAAGCGCAAUGCCGACAUCUACCGUAACAACAACCUCCGCAAGAAGUCGUCUGAGGAAACCUACAAGGACCUCUUCCAUGUUCUCAUGAGGCCAAAUAAGGUGGUCAAUGUCGACAAGAAAGACCCCCACAGCCUUCCCAACCAGAUCAGCGCCAUCCUCAAGUGUAUGGGAGCCCCCAAUGUCUGGAUUGACCUGACGCAUGUCGAAUGGCGUGUUCGCCUAGGCCAAAUUCUAUGGGGUAAGCCGCAUGGCGAUGAGCUGGAUGACAACACGGCAAUUGUCGAUGCCGAAAGCGCUGCUGAGAGGGCUGAAGAAAAGUAUUGGCUACUAAUGCAGAUUUUGGUCUCGUCCGAGUUACUCAUCCGCCUGGACGCAAUCACAGAUGGUGAAGAGUACGGUGCCGCACACUUUAGAGCCAUUGACGUAGUCCAGUUCGAGAGGGCCGCCAACGCCUCUGUCAAGUGGUCGCUGCUUCUGGCCCGCAGCUGGAUGAAGAACAUUGAGAUCGUUCGCGAGGAACAUGGGUCUACAGCACGGCCCGAGGUCCGCCGUGGAAGCAGCGGUAUUGCCCCGGGCUGGCUGGCGUCUCUGGCCAGCAAGAUUUCUCUCCACGACCAACACAAGCACGGGAACCGACCUCCAUCGCCGCCCCAUUUCUACACCAUUCGAGGAAGAUAUGGUCAGCGCCAGGUCGAAGGCCUGACUCACUUUGCGAGAAAGCUCAUGUGGCCAGGCAUCGACGCCUACGAGAGACGAAUCUCGGAAAACGUGCAGAGACUGACGGCACCAGCAUCUCUGGUACCGCCGACGCCGACACCGAUGAAGAAGGAUCCCCAACAGGAUGGGUACUUUGGCGCCUGGGAUGUCACAUGCCAACGCGGACACCACAAGGAGCGAGCUCAAGCCAGGCGACGCCGAAUGGCGGCUGCACUUCACGAAUCCGGCUGGCUCUCCAAGUCGUACAUUUUUGGCCUCAUGAUGCCUGGAGAUGCCGUGAGCCACUUUUUGAUGGCGACGUUACUGGAGAAUGACAGCGAGGCCCUGUCCAGAAUUGGGUCGUUUGCCAAUCUGAGCAGCGGCUUUGUUUACCACGACAAGAGUUUCUGGAGCACAUCUUGCAUUGUCGGCAGAGUUUUGGCUGCCGGGAAGGGAUCUGCUGAGUGCAUGGGUUGGAUUUCGACAGACAUUGUCCCCGAAGGGAUGAAUGAGGGGUGGAUCAAUAUCGAUGUUCAUGAUGUUGCCUCCGAGAUCUCUCAACUUGGCAAAAAGGCCAGGCUCUGGGGCAAGAAACGAGUUGAGCGCGAGUCGUCGAUUUUUGGAAAUGGCCAAGAGGAGUCGAUGUCUCCCGCAGACUUUAUCAUUCCUCACGAGAACAACUACUCGCCCUGCCCACCAGGCGUGAUUGUCGAAUUGCAAUCGCUGGAGCUCGCCUCGCCCGUGGCAGAGUGUGUUCACCCGACACCUCUCGCGGAUCUCGUGGCGACUCCCAUCCACGAAAACCACCGAGCUCCGGAUCUGCUGUCGUACCCUGCCAAGCUCAACUUUUUCGUUUCCAUCGACGGGGAGAAGACGGAGACGGCCACCUUUUCGCUUCUGUACGACAUCAACUUUGUCACCGCCCACCCGUGCUCACCUUCCUCGCGGGUCAGGGUCUUGAAGUCGCCUUCUAGUCCGACGCUGCGGCAGAUUGACUUUGACGGUUCCAAAUCUCUGGGGAAUGGGUCUCGGUCCAUGUAUCGAGCAGGCCACCCCUUGCACAAGUAUUAUAAUUAUACAGUCAUUCACAUCUCCGACCUUUUGCGACGACGAGACGCCGAGCUGUCAGAUCUCCUCACGCCCCCCAACGGGCAAGCUGCUGCAAACCAGGUGCUGGUGGUCGACUGCAUCACCAAUUUUUCGUCGGCACCGCAGUCGCCUGUGCUGGACCGCCUGGACUCGCCCGGAACUUCGCCUAUUGAGCGAAAGGGCAGCUUCUCCGCGGCAGCCAAGAUGCACUUUGAGUCGAGGAAGCGACAGUUUGGGUCCGACAUGGAAAUCCUCAUCCGGGCUCUGUGCUCCGAAAGAGGGUGGAAUGCCAUCAUCAGCAGGAGGAAGCGAGGAUGCUUGGCCUGCGCAAUUCGCGAGGCCGGCGCUCUAGGUUGGAAAAUCAUUGUCCGAGUACCAUGA